GGCCUGAGCUGGCCGGGCUCCGGUCCCGGUGCCUCCCGGGGCUUGUGGUUGCGGAGGCCCGGUGUCCGCCGCUGGGCCUGGGAAGAUGGUGCUGGGCGGUUGCCCGGUGAGUUACUUACUUCUCUGCGGCCAGGCGGCCUUGCUGCUGGGGAAUCUGCUUCUGCUGCAUUGUGUCUCCCGGAGCCACUCGUUCAACGCUACCGCGGAGCCGGAGCUCACGUCCGCUGGCGCCGCCCACCCGGAGGUCUCCGCCGGCGCUCCGAGCUGGGAAUAUGGCGACCCCACCUCUCCAGUCAUCCUGUGCUCUUUCCUACCUGAUGAAUUCAUAGAAUGUGAAGACCCAGUGGAUCAUGUUGGAAAUGCAACUGCAUCCCAGGAACUUGGUUAUGGUUGUCUCAAGUUCGGUGGUCAGGCCUACAGUGAUGUGGAACACACAUCAGUCCAGUGCAGGGCCCUGGAUGGAAUUGAGUGUGCCAGUCCUAGGACCUUCCUACGAGAGAAUAAACCUUGUAUAAAGUAUACCGGACACUACUUCAUAACCACUUUGCUCUACUCUUUCUUCCUGGGAUGUUUUGGAGUGGAUCGUUUCUGUCUGGGACACACUGGCACAGCAGUAGGGAAACUAUUGACACUUGGAGGACUUGGGAUUUGGUGGUUUGUUGACCUUAUAUUACUUAUUACUGGAGGGCUGAUGCCAAGUGAUGGCAGCAAUUGGUGCACUGUUUACUAAAAAGAGCUGCGGUUAUGGCCCAGAGAGGCAAGUCUUCGGAAUUCAUCUCUACAGGCUCAAAACUCUUCCUUGAUAUCAGGCCUGACCAUUACUUGCCCUCUUUGGAGGGAAUGGGAUUGGUUAGGAAGAUUUCUUUUGGACUGUGGAUUUGCAACCCAAAUGUUACCUUGCAGACUAGAAAUGGCAAGCAAACACUGUUGUGGGAACCAAGUUUAUACCUUUUCUCAUGUACAAAAUAUAAAUCUAGCAACUAAUUUAUAAGCUGCAGAAGGGUUUCUAUACUCUUUACUUCUGUACAUGGCUAUAUCUUCAAUCCUUUGGAGCAAGUGGACCCAACAGGAUGAGCGAAGUGAAUAUUGUUAGCUUUGUGCGUUUUGUGACCCCAAGUCUCAUGCACAGGAGAACUGAAGCAGAACCAAUGGAAAGCUUCAGCAAAAGUAGAAAUGGCCAUGAAUUUUAAUACACACUGAAAUUCCGAAUUUAAACUGCAGAAUAAAUUUUGCCAACCUGGAACACUGUUUGGAUGUUCUCAGUAGGUAGAGUGAAACUCAAAAUUGUAUUUGUUUCACUAAAAACUGGGUGGUUUAAGUAAACUAUCCUAUUAAUGAACCCUAUUGUUUCACCAUUAUUAUGCUUAAGAGGCAAUAUAUA